CCCUCUUUCAAGUGGAAAAUGUAAGUGCCGAGAGCUCUGAAAGGACACUAUAAAAAUGAAAAAGAAAGAAACGCAAGAAAUCCUGAUAAAGGGUAGCACAUCUGUGAAUGCCAGUAACGCAAAUGUGAAGGUAGCUAAGCAGUCCUCUUCAGUAGCAUGGGCGAACUCGGAGACUGAUAAAAACAAGCAGACUGCAACACAGCAGCCAGCUGGCGCCCCAGCGGAGAAGCCAGCGAAGGAGGGCGAGAUGUCGGCAGAGGAGAGGCAGACGCAGGGCCGCGUGGAGGACCAGAUCAACAACGAGCACCUCCAGCGCAUUGAACGCAUGUUCCGCGAGGCUGAUACAGACGGGGGCGGAGGCUUGGACAUGGAGGAGUUUCGAGAUGCCAUGAAGAAGAUUAUGGGCGAGGUGGAUGAUGAGGACCUGGACAUCAUCUUCAUGAAAGUGGACACUAACUGUGAUGGCAACGUGGACUGGGAUGAGUACCUGAACUACAUGCUGCUGGAGUACCGGGAGAAGGAUUCCCUUCAGCAGCAGACCAGACCCCUGUACUUCCCCAAGCCACUGAAGAUCAUCCCUGUGGCUCAUUGUGAGGUGAUAGUGCGGCUACAGUUCUAUCCUUUCCAGACACCCCAGGCAGACAAGAAGGAUUCUGGCGAGCAGAGUGGGCUCCCCAAGGCACGGACCCAGCUGGGCCGCUACCUCUCCAUCAGCCGGGAUGGAAUCCUGUACUACUGGAGCGAGAGAUUCAAGCUACUCCGGACUGUCAAUCUGGACACUCUGAGGCGCAGCCAUGCCCAUCCCAUCUGGGUGACCGACAUGAUCUGCCUGAGCAACUUGAACCUGCUGGCCAUCUCCUCCACCGGCCGAGACGUGGAAUUCUACGACAUCAGUGCCAGCAAAUGUGACAUUGUCUUUUCCCUCACUGGGCUGGACAGCUACAUUCUAGUUAUGGACUACUGGUCUGAUGGGAAAAAAGGUGUGUUUUCCAUGGGUGAUGCAGGAGGCAGUAUUUCAGUCUUCAUAUCUUCAGACGUUAUCCGGUAUGGACUCUUCAGCACUCUGAACAGCACCUCUAAAACAGGUGGAAAAUGUCGCAUCCCUACACCAGCUUUGUUUAAAAAUACAUCCAGCAUUUACUUGUGCUUCAGAGUUUCUGCUCUCCACAGUGACUGGUGCUACCAGAUCAGGUUCAUCCCGGAGCUGAACGCUGUCGCCACCUGCUCUGCUACUGACAACAGCGCCAUGGUGCUGACCCUGGUGCCCCACUCCCAGAAGAGCCGAAUUCAUAACUCAGCUUUUCAUCUAAGGAAAGGCAUUUUAUGCUUUGACUAUUCCCCAGAGUUUAAUAUACUUGUGACGGGAGGAUUUGACAGGAUCGUGAGAAUCUGGAACCCCUACGUCACAAACUGCGCCACCUCCCAGAUGAAGGGGCACAUGUCCGCCAUCACCCACAUUGUGGUCAACGGGCGCGACAACAAGAUCAUUAGCAUUUCCAAGGACAAGAAUGUGCGUGUCUGGGACCUGCAGGACUGCGCUUGCCUCCAGAACAUCCACUCUAGAAACAUGCCCUUGGGCAAGUUCCCCAUCUCAAGCAUUCACUACAGCAAGGACACCAACACCCUGGCCCUCUCCACCUUUCAGAUUGGUGUUCUGUAUGGUGCAGUGGAAGAUGUAGAGGCCAGCAACAAAGCAGCCACCUCCCAUGAGCAGUCACUGUGUGCUGCACUCUACAACAGCAACUUCAAACAGGUGGUGAGUGGCUGCCACAGCGGUGUGGUAAGCGUGUGGGACAUCCUCACGGGCGAGAAGGUCAUGCAGUUCGCGGCCUGUCCGGGGAGAGGGGUGGAGGUCACGGCCAUGGCCUUUGACGGACCCAAGAGACGUCUCAUCACCGGCUCCAAGGACGGCUCCCUCAGGCUGUGGAACUUCAACAACGGGGCUUGCCUCUUCGAGCUGCCCAAGCUGCAUGACUCUGAAGUGACUGGGAUUCUGUAUAUCAACCAGAGGAUUUAUGUUUCCAGUUGGAGUAAAAGAGUGGUCUGGUACCUGGAUUCGAAAGAGGAUGAUGAAAUGGAGUAUCGGCAGUGGAACUGCUAUCACUCAGAGGAUAUCUUCUCCAUGGACGCCCACAGCCACAAACUGCUGGUCACCGCUUCCUACAACGGGGACAUCAUUGUGUGGAACAUCGACUCGGGUCAGGCCUUCUGCCGGUUCAACGCCAGCGAGAGCCCCCUGCCCCUCCUGCCCAUCAGGGAGAAGCGACACAGUUCCCAGGAAGUGAGCCCUGUGUCGAACACAACGGACAGUGAUGAUGAAUGGACAAGUAAGGAGAAGAGACCAGCCACCACCUCCACCAUGGAAGAUAUGGAGAAAGAGAUGGAUAUAGAGGAGAAGCUGGACAGACCUAGGCUGGCUGUGGAGAAGGUUCUGUUCCUGCGCACCCGGGAGCGCAGCCCCAACACGGCGAUUCUCCUGACCAGCGCGGCUGACGGCUACGUAUACGCCUGGUCCAUCAGCCACCAGGGGGGGAUGCUGGGAAAGUUCAAAGCAACGCAUGGCAGCGACACCGCUGUCUGCUCCAUGUCCACAGACCUGGAAGACCAGAUGCUUCUCACAGGAGACACGAAGGGCUACAUAAUGAUAUGGGACAUUGAGAAUUACUGCUACUGCAUGGGAGAUGAACAGGAGUCCUGCUGGAGUGAGGAAGAGGAGAGAGGGGGAGGGAAAUGCCUGAGACUAGCUGACCUCAUCCCAAAAUACUGCAGAGUGCAGGGUCCCAGAAGCCUGGUAGUUAAGGAAGAGAAAGAGGUAUGGGGUGGAUGGAACAUCACCCUCGUCCCCCCAAAGCUGCUCAGCUCUUGGAGGUGCCACCUGAAAGCGGUUACUCACCUGGAGUAUGUGGACAGAUUUCAGCUCAUAGUCACGGCCAGCCUGGACUGUAAUGUCCGUCUGUGGAGCAUAGCAGGCAAAUACAUUGGCACCUUUGGCCAAGCUGUGUGGCGUGUGGGUGUGCCCUCUGUCACCCCUGCGGAGUUGCCUGCAGAUCUAAGAAGAGUGGGAUCCUGCCAGACCCUGAGGGUGCUCAACGCGGGCUCUCACCCUCACUGGCACUGUGCCAAGAAACUGGUGGAGAGGCUGGUCAAGCAGAGGCGGCAGCAAUCAGUGAUGAUGACCUUCAAGCUGGCCAACAAGGAUUACAGCUCCAAACUGCAGGAGCUCCUGCCCGCCGACCCCUGCAUCACCGAGUCCAGCCAGGAGCAAAUCGAGGAGACGUGGAGAAAGUGGCAGGUCAAGGGGAAACAGAGAAGCAGUGUACUGGGCAGAGCUUACAAACAGAAGGUCAGGCACCAUCUGCCCAACCUACCCGAUGUCAACACAUCUUUCAGCAGCAGAGAGCAGCUGAGGAUCUACAAGUCCAUGCCCUACUCCUCACUCACCCCAGUCACACAGCCGCCCAUCCCAGCAGUAUUGAGAGAGCAGCAGCUGAAGACCCAGGAGGGCCUCGAGCCCACAGGCAAGCAGAAGCGCCUCAGCAAACGGCAGACUCACCUGCGCUUCACCCCAGCAAACAAAGUCACCAGAAAGAAAUCUCCAGCUGCCAAACCAAACGGGAGCAACAGCGCACCUGCGAAGAAGGCACCGAGUCUGUGAAAGUGCCGCUAAUCUGCGCUCUGGCCUUGCUUAAUAACUGGAAGAAGUAGCAGAAGUUCUCAAGAAUAAGUGAAAUACAAAUUCCCCUUUGAAA